AUGUAUGUAAAAAAAAAAAUAAUUGAUUUUUACAAAAAUAACAUGUUUGUUUUAGGCUUAGGCACUACAUGGGCUUUACUUAUAAGUACUGGAUGUGUAUUUAGUUUGAAGUAUUUUAGCAAUUUUGAACAUAGACAUUUAUAUAUAAUUGAUGGUAUUAAUAUUGCAAAACUACAUUUAAAUUAUACAAACAAUGAUGAAAUAAAAAUAAUAAAAAAAAAAGGAAAUUUUGAUUCUUCCAAUCAAAGAGCAAAAUGUGAAAUACUUUUGUCUUUAAAAGGGGAACAAUUUUGGGUUAAUAUAAAUUCAAUAAAUUGUCAAAAAAUAAAAAAUAAAAAUAAUAAUAAAAAUAAUAAUAAAAAUAAUAAUGAUGAUAUGGAUGAAGAAGAUAUAGAUAUUUCAGAUUAUAUCGAAAAUCCAUAUUUAAUUAAAAAAAAAAUUAAAUCGUUUUUUUACAAAAUUAAAUCAUUUAUUAUUCCAUUUAUUUCUAGUAAUAAUAAAAUAAAAGAAAAUAAUUUAUGUGAUGAUAAAAAUAAUAGCUCCUCAAAAAUAUGUACAGCUAGCCAAAAUGAAAAAGAAAAUAUAGUUGAUAAGGAUAAAGAGACAAUUCGAAUUAUCCAGCAACAAUACCCAUGGAAAAUAAAUAAUAUUAUUAUUGUUAAAAAAAAAAAAAAUCCAAAUGAAUGUGCUGAUAAUAGUGUAGUAAGCAGUCUGAACCAGAGUGAAAAUAACGUGGCAGAAAAUAACGGGGCAGAAAAUAACGGGGCAAAAAAUAAAAAUGCGAUUCCAAUUGCUGACCUUUUUUACAAUUUUAAAACCUUUAUUAAUAACUUUUUUGAUUACAAUUAUGAAAUAUAUCCUAUAUAUGGCAAUCCAAGAGAAAAUACUUAUUAUUAUAAAUAUGUAAAUAAAAAUCGAGAAUUGAAUAAGACACAGAAAUAUAUUGGGAAAAUUAUGUUGUGUGCAUUUUGUUUAUCAACCAUUUUAGCUAUAAAAAGAAUUCGAAUAUAUAAAAAUUCUUAUUCGGGUUUAAAUUAUGUUAAAAAUUUUGUGUUAAAUAAUAAACAACUUUUUCAUAUUUUAGGAGAUACACAAAUACAAAUCUUAAGUAUAUCUGGAUUAUAUAAACAAAAUUAUGUAAAUAGUAAAAUAUAUUUCCAAACAUGUCAACAAAAUGGCAUUGUUCAGUUAAUUGCUACAAAAAAUAAAAACGAUAAGACUUUCAAUUUAUUGCAUGCUAAAUUACUCUUAAAAAAUGAUUCUAUAGAGUUGAAAAGGGAUAACACUAUACUGGGUACAGGCAAAUAUUAA